UGAACUCACACUCAACUCACCUUAGUCAGAGACAGGACAGGGCUGUUGUUUCCACUCCAGCGCUCGGCAACCGCAUCCUCUGCCAGGCGCUCACCGGUCAUUGUCCCCCCGCGCAAGGCCCACUGCACUCCAACCACGACCAGCACAAUGAUCAUCAGCACGGUCAAAGUCUUUGGGCUCGUCCAUCUGCUCUUGGCCUGCCAGCUCACAGAAUGUGUUGGGCAAGAGAACACCACAGAAAUGAUGUCACCAAAUAGCCCAGGAAUGGUUCCAGAUUCGACCAUCCCAUCAGUGGACAACGCGACCGACGUGGGUCUUACUACAGAUUACACCUAUGACGUUAAAGAAGACUAUUAUGUGGGCACGUACGAUUACGCAAAUGUCGAGUACCUCUGUGAGAAGGGGGACAACCGUCAGUUCCGGGCCUGGUUCCUCCCCACCGUCUACUCAGUCAUCUGCUUCAUGGCGCUCGUGGGCAACUCUCUGGUCAUCCUCACAUACAUCUACUUCAGCAGGCUGAAGACCAUGACUGACAUCUACCUGCUCAGCCUGGGCAUCGCCGACCUGCUCUUUGCCCUGACCCUCCCAUUCUGGGCUGCCAGCAUCAUGGCCAAGUGGGUUCUGGGCACGUUCCUGUGCAAGGCCAUGCACGCCGUGUACCGUGUCACGUUCUUCAGCGGCAUGUUCCUGCUCACCAGCAUCAGCGUGGACCGCUACUUCGCCAUCACCAAGGCCGUUUCGGCCCACCGCUGCCGCUCGAGGGCCAUCUACGUGAGCAAAGUGUCCAGCCUGGUCAUCUGGCUGGUGGCCGUGCUUUUCUCCAUCCCGGAGAUGAUCUACACGCACGUCAGCGCCAACGACACGUGCGACCUGUACUACAACCAGUCCAAGCAGCUGGUGGUGGGCAUGCAGGUCACCCAGAUGGUGCUGGGCUUCGCCGUGCCUGCCCUGGUCAUGGUGUUCUGCUACAGCAGCAUCGUCCGAACCCUGGCCCUGGCCAGGAGCUUCGAGAAGAACAAGGCCGUCAAGGUCAUCUUCGCAGUGGUGAGCGUCUUCCUGAUCUGCCAGAUACCGUACAACAUCGUGCUGGUGCUGAAGACCGUGAACACAGCCACUGGGGGCACCAAGGAUUGCUUCCUGGACAACGCCUUGAUGUACGCCAUCGACGUCACCAGCGCACUGGCCUUCCUACGCUGCUGCGUCAACCCCUUCCUGUACGCCUUUAUCGGCGUCAAGUUCCGUCACGACCUGCUCAAGUUGCUGAAGGACCUGGGCUGCAUGAGCCCCGCACUCUUCUACGAGCUCACCUCCUGCACACGCAGACGUUCCCUGGGCGCCAUGGAGACCGAGACCACCACCUCCUUCUCACCGUGACAACAGGAACAGGAACAAGGGGUUGACACAAACAAGGGGUUGACACGAAUAAGGGGUAAACACAAACAAAGGGGUUCACACAAAUAAGGGGUUGGUCAAAACAAAGAGCAACGAGCUUGCUAAGUACUGUGGCCCCUAGGUUUCAUGAUGAUUCUAAAUUCCAAGGCAGCACAUUCGUGUUCAUUCACAUGGUAUUCAACCCUGUAUUUCACACACCACUGAAACAUUGGUCGAAUAAUAGUUUCAUUGAUGUUUGAAUGUUUGAGCGAUAGCACUUUUUCUGUUUUCAUUUCAUAUAGUAUUAAUAUUUUUUUUAUCUUCAAUGUUUUAUCUUCCAUCCUUAUUUUUGUAAUUUCCUGUAAGACCUGUAAAUACAGUAUCCACUUCUGACACCUACAUUAUUCCUACAGUACCUAUCACCUUUUGUAAUAAAUGUAUCUGUCAUGUAUAUUAUUUUUACCAUAUCCUAGCAUGCAGAUACUGUCUGUCUAUGUACAUAGUGCUUACUUCUUGUAACACACACACACAAACACACAUACACACACACACACACACACACAGACAAAUGAUGUAAUCAAUUAUGUGAACAUUGCACAAUAAAACCAGUUUGAACCUUC